CAGAAAGAGUGGAAGAGAGAAACAGAGUACACGGGUCUCCAGAUAGAUUUGAUGUUAACGUCAACAACGUCUAACUUAUUUACUUUGCGAAGUAAAUUACAGGAUUAUGCCAAGAUCACGUAGGACCUUUAUGACCCAGAUUUCUUAAACAAGUCACGUGAUUUUAAGCAGGCACGGCCAGAUCAGGAGGAGAGUAAGAUGGAAUGCCGCCAUGUUGAAAUGGAGAGAGAGAAUGUAUUUAGAAGAAAAUUAUACUGUGACACCUGUCCUUUAACCCAAUGGGCUUAUCAGGAUCUAUUAUAAUUGCUGCCCAAAGAUAUCCUUGCAGCACAUUUGCUUUAUUAUCUAAGAAAUAAGGUACAGGGUCUGUGUCAUCUACCAUUCUAUUCUGCCAGCCUGAUCCAUGCACAAGAUUUCUGGUUGCACACACUGAUUGAAUCACCAUUGAUUGACUGAAUGAAGAGACAGAACAUAAAUCAAAGAAUCUGAGCAUGGACCCCUCACGUAAUUGGGCCCAGGAUGUGUUACGGUGUCGUCUCUGUGAGACCCCAAGCCCAUCUAUGUACUGUGACAUUUGCCACAUACAUCUUUGUAAAGCCUGUGUGGGGGAACAUCUCUCUGAUCUAUCAAAGGAACACAAAGUGCUGCCAUUUGAAAAGAGAGGAUCUACUCCUAAUUGUCCAAAACAUUCAACAAAACUAUGUGUACUUUACUGUGAACAAUGUGACAUUCCUGUGUGUACAUUAUGUGCUUCCUCUAAAGAACACUAUGGCCAUAUAUUUAUUGAAAUAACUAAAAGCAUUCACAGCAAGAAAGAAAUCAUUCAAAAAGAUUUACAAGAACUAGAGAUAUCAAUUUGUCCUCAAUACCAAGAGAUUGCAUCCAUUAUCCCAGACCAGAAAUCUGCUUUGAAUGAAAACUCCCAAAAAUUAACAACAGAAAUCGACAGACAUGGAGAAAUCUGGCACAGAGAAAUAAACAUGAUGAUACAAAAACUGAAAUCUGAUCUCAAAGAUAUGGUCACUAAACACCUGGACACCCUAAACAAACGAAAAGAUGAAAUAAAACAUACCAUAUCUGAAAUAACACAGAGCAUUGCUGAACUAAAGACGUUACUGGACUCCAAUGAUGUCAGCCUUGUUUCUGCAUACAAAUCCAGGAAUGAUGAAUUCAGAAGAUUGCCUCCUAAACUCACAGUGUCCUUACCAAGUUUUACCCCUCGGCAUAUCAACAGAGAACAGCUUUAUCAACAGUUUUGUUUUCUGUCAGCGUUAUCCAUCAAAACAGAAGAAUACUCCUACAAAGUAGAGUCUCCCGGUGCUGAGUCCUCUCUCCAGGACAGACCGUUUAUUGAUGAACCACGGAUCAUCACACAGAUACACACCGAGUAUGGACAAUAUACACUACGCAGUGUGUCCUGUCUGAGUGAUGAGGAGAUGUGGGUGUGUGGUAAUGACAAAAUCCUGAGACUGUACAACCUGAGGGGGGAACUAGUGAAGUCAGUACAAACCAAGUCAGGGAACUAUCCACUGGACAUAGCAGUGACAAUGAGUGGAGAUUUAGUUUAUACUGAUUACUGGGAUGGAACUGUGAACAAAAUGAAGAAUAAGAAGAUAAAGACAUUAAUCAGAAUACAGGGAUGGAUACCUCUCAAUCUCUGUAGUACCUCCUCUGGUGACCUCCUGGUUGCCAUGGACAGUGAUGAUAAUGAACAAUCAAAAGUUGUGUGUUACUCUGGCUCCACAGAGAAACAAAGUAUUCAGUACGAUGACAAAGGACAACCUCUCUAUUCAUCUGGUGAGUACAACACUAAAUACAUCAGUGAGAACAAAAACCUAGAUAUCUGUGUGGCUGACCGUGGAGCCGGUGCAAUAGUGGUGGUCAAUCAGGCCGGGAAACUCCGUUUUACCUACAAUGGUCCUCCCUCUACUACCAAGGUAUCAUUUAGUCCACACGGCAUCACAACAGACAGCCAGGGUCAGAUCCUGAUAGCAGACAGGUACAAACACCGUAUCCACAUCUUGGAUCAGAACGGACAAUUCCUCCGGUACAUUAACAGCUGUAAUUUACAGGAACCACGGGGUUUAUGUGUGGACACCAGAGACAACCUCUUUGUGACUGAGUAUGGCACAUGUAAAGUGAAAAAAAUACAAUAUUACAUGUAAACAAACUGUGUAUAAUUAUCUGUAAAAUCAAUAUUGGUAGAUAAUUAAAUAUAAACUGUUGUGUUUAUAUACAAGGUAAACAAACUGUGUACAUAUAUUGUAUAUAGAUAAACUGGUCAUAUUUAUUUUAUAGCAAAAAACUGUUUAUAUACCACAAUAUAUUUAUGUCAUAAUGUAUGUGCAUUAAAGUAUUAUUGGUAUAGCAUUAUAUGACAACAUGCUAUGUAAAGAAAUGUGUAUAUAUACAUAUUGCAAAUAGAUAAACUGUUCAUAUUUAUUUAUGUCAGAAAACUUAUAUUUUCACAAUAUAUUUAUAUGUGUGUGCAUAAAAUUAUAAUAUGUAUACCAUUAUGUGACAACAAAUUAACUGUGCUUAGAUCUAUUUUUUAAAUUUGACUUUACUAAAAUAAUUCUUGUAUGCAGAAUAUUACAUGUACAUGUGUCAAACAUAUUGUACAUGAACAAUUGACUGAAAACAAACUUAAUUUACAAAUGUACUCAGUUGACUA